CCACACAAAAAGAGUCGCCAUUGCCAAAGCUUCCUCUACUCCUCCGCAACAAUCCCUCCCAUAUUCCCAUCUUUGUCGUCUCUCUUCUCCUUCCCCCAAACUUUCAUGUCUCCCCAUCAUCUCCUCCACCACACCUCAGCAUAAACAAAAACCCCUCUCCUUACCAAUCAUCUCCACCAUGAUCACAACCACUAAACCACCUCCACCAUCACUAAUCCCCUCACUAAUCAUAAUCACCAUCGUAAUUACAUCCCCGUGUUUCUUCCCGCCCACGGCAACCUCCGCCGCCGUCAACGAAGCCGAAGUUCUCCUAACCUUCAAGAAAUCCCUCUCCAACCCCUCCGCCCUCCUGACCUGGAACGCCACGUCAUCCCCGCCGUGCGACCGCGACGCCUCUAAAUGGGCCGGGCUCCGCUGCACGGACGGAUCCGUCGAGAAGCUGAUCCUCGACAACAUGGGCCUGGCCGGGAUCAUCGACGUGGACUCUCUCACGAAGCUCCCCAAGCUCAGGACUUUCAGCGCCAUGGGGAACAACUUCGACGGGCCGUUCCCUCCGUUCAGCAGGCUGCCCUUGAAGAACCUGUACCUCACCGGGAACAAAUUCUCCGGCGAGAUCCCCGCCGAUGGGUUCAGAGGGAUGGCCUCGCUCAAGGACCUUUACCUGGGCCACAACCAAUUCGUGGGCCCUCUUCCCGGGUCGCUCGUUGGGCUGAACAAGCUCAGCGAGUUGGGCCUGGAAGGGAACCAGUUCACCGGGGGAAUUCCUGACCUUCAACAGCCGUUGACGGUGUUUAACGUCUCCGUUAACAAUUUGGCAGGUCCCAUCCCCAGGAACCUGGCUGACAGAUUUAAUCAGUCGUCUUUCUCCGGGAACAAAGAGCUGUGCGGGAAGCCGCUGCCGGCGGCGUGCAAAGCCGGGAAGGGGAAAACAAAGACGAAGACCAUUUUUAUCAUAGUGGCAAUUAUCGCGGUGGUGACAAUACUGGGCGCCAUCCUGGCCUGCACCUUCAUCCGGGCCCGCGGAUAUAGAAGAGGAGAGCAGGCCCAAUUUGACGACACAAGAAACCUGAAGAAAUUCGGGGCGGCAGGCCGAAUGGGGCCCAAGAUGCAGGCCCAUAAAAACCAUCAACCGGAGCCCACGAAGGAAGCAGCCGCCGCCGGUGGCGGAGGGAGGAGAGGGGAGAGCGGGAAGCUCCGGUUCGUGAGGAGCGAAAGGGAGGAGACAUUCGACCUGCACGAACUGCUGAGGUCUUCGGCGGAGGUUCUCGGCAGCGGGACGUUUGGGUCUUCGUACAAAGCUGUUCUCUCCGAAGGUCCGGCCAUGGUGGUGAAGAGGUUCAGGCACAUGAAUAACGUCGGGAAAGAGGAGUUUUACGAGCAUAUGAAGCGGCUGGGAGAUUUGUCGCACCCGAAUCUGCUUCCCCUCGUUGCUUUCUACUACAGGAAGGAAGAGAAGCUUUUAGUUUCCGAUUUCGUCGACAAUGGCAGCCUCGCUAGUCAUCUCCAUGGGAAGCGACGGCCCGGGGAGCCAGGGCUUUCAUGGCCGACGCGGCUGAAGAUUAUCAAGGGAGUAGCGAAGGGGUUAGGGUUUCUGUACAAGGAGCUUCCCGAUUUGCCCCUGCCGCACGGCCACCUGAAAUCGUCCAACGUCCUCGUCGACCACGCGUUUCAGCCAGUGCUCACCGACUACGCGCUGUCGCCGGUGGUGAAUCGGGACCAGGCGCAGGGGGUGAUGGUGGCGUACAAGUCGCCGGAGUUCAUCCAGACGGGUCGGACGACGGGGAAGACGGACGUGUGGAGUUUGGGGAUCCUGAUCCUGGAGCUCUUGACGGGGAAGUUCCCGGCGAAUUACCUCCGGCAAGGGAGAGGGGCGGCGGCGAAUGCGGACCUGGCGGCGUGGGUGAAUUCGGUGGUGAGGGAAGAGUGGACAGGGGAGGUGUUCGACAAGGACAUGAAAGGGACCAAGAACGGGGAAGGCGAGAUGCUGAAGCUGCUCAAGAUCGGGAUGUGCUGCUGCGAGUGGAACGUGGAGCGGCGGUGGGAUUUGAGAGAAGCUCUGUCGAAGAUCGAGGAGCUGAAAGAGAGGGAAGAAGGUUGUGAGAAUGAUGAGGAGUAUUGUAGCUCCGAUGGUGAUCUCUACUCUUCCAGGGCCAUGACUGAUGAAGGCUUCUCCUUCUCCGUCACCGCCUGAACUGAACUGCAUUGAAUUGAAUCAAUUCACUCAUCAUUGGUGUAUCUAUAAUACGAUGAUCCUGUGUAGAAGAAGAGCUAAUAAUGCUGAUUACAGAAGCUGCUUCAGGCUGCAGGUUUCUUUUCCAUUUUUGUUCUUUCUCGGCAUGGUGUGGAAAAUUUGUAGGGUAUAGGAAAGAAUUAAUUCACUGGAGUUUGUACUAUUUAGGUUCUUAGAUCAACUUACUCAUGCAUGUUCUACUGGUUCUUGUUUUCGCUUUGCUUAUUGUUUAUUUUCCCCCUCAUGUUUUGAAAAAGCUGUGUAAUUUUGUUGGCUCGAUUCAUUUCCUUUCCCUUAUGGAGAAAACGAACCUAAUGGAGAGGCCAUGAUUCUUGCUUCUCAGUUCUCAUGGCUUCGUUUACCUACUUGUUGAUACUAGUAAUAAAGCGCCGCCAUUUUUCAUUCUUUUCAACUUGAAAUUUGCUGGGUUCUUAUGUAGGGUUGCUUCCCUGUUACCAACUGUAGAUAAAUAUAAUGUAUACAGUUCUUGCCCGUAUCGAUUGUCUACACUUGCAUAGAUUGGUUGGUUGGCAGAACUCUUAGAUACUCCACUAUGGAUUGUUCUAUGCAGGCGUGCAAAAGGAACAUGGCAGAAGAAACCAAAGAUCCUCCAAGAUGCUUGUUUUUGUUUGUCAGAACUCACACCGAUGAAGGCUUGCCUUGUCGUCUGCCUGAUUCUGUACGUGGACAAAUGGCGUAAGGUUAAAUAAUGCAUUGGCAAUUUUGGUAACCUUUCUCCUGAAACCCCAAGGUACCCCUGUUCCUCAGCAUUCUGGUUUCUGUCCUGUCUUGGUUGGCCUUAUGUGACAGAUCCUGGACUUACAGAAACACGUUGUCCACUAUCAAUGGCCGAGCUUUUUUUUUUUUUUGGUCCUUGUUGGAACUUCAUGUGUCCGUUAGCUCUGUCAUUCUUCGGGAUCGGGACUACCUUCUAUGUUUUUCAAGUUGGGGGGGAUUCUCUUUAUCCAUGGUUGCCUUCAGGUUGCUUCAGAUUGACACUAAUCAUCCCUGUAUCCCGAAAACGACCAUGGAAAGAAAAAGAAUCAGAAACUUCCUGCUGAUUUUUCUCAAUCAAAUGCUCAUGUUAGGAGAGGGUUGAAGUGAUUCGAACUUGUUCGAUGCAGUCACUAUUUUAGUUUUUAUUUGGCAGAAUAAGAUUCAGUUACCACUUUCUACAAGUGCUGGGUUUAUUUUCCCCGUACCCUCUCUAUUUGCAUCCCUUGGAUCAUACAUAAGUUUGGUUGUGUACCAUAUUCAGACUGUUACAAACCUUGUACUUGGUCCUCGCAUCAAGGAAAUGAUUCAGCAUAGGAUACACUUUUCAAGAGAUUCAAAGACUCCACUCAAGCUACUGUCUGUUGAUUUCUGUUGUGAGUCACACUCUUCUUAUAAUGGCCUACAUUUCUGUGGCUUCCAUCAACAGGUGUGCCAACAGUGGGAAAAACCUAUAAAAAUCAGAAGAUUGGAUGCAGGCAGUUGGACAGUCACCAAUGGCAGGGGAUAGCACUGCUGAAAGAUGGAAGCAAGGACUUCUUCAACCUCUUAGCAUCUCGAGGAAUCAAUUUCCUUCUCUCUUCCCAAGGGCAGGUAGUUUAUUUCCUUCCAAAACAACCCUUUGUUUUCUUUUGAAAGAACUAUGAACUAACUUGAGGUGCAAUCUUGUGGUGAACAGGUGCCAAUAUCAUCAGCAUGGGAAGAAAGCAGAGUAGUUUGCCUCUUGUUCUCGGCCAACUGGUGCAGGCCAUGCAAAACUUUUGCUCCACAGCUCCAUGCAACUCUACCAUACUUUGAAAUCCGAAAGCAGAUCGCCUUUCGUCUCAUUCGACCAAGACGAGGAUCAAUUCGAAGAACAUUUCUUGUCCAUGCCUUGGCUUGCAGAAUGGCAUCAAAUGCUGAGGAACAUUUCUUGUCCAAAAUAAGUUUUUAAUAUUUACCAUUUUGAGUCGGAAAUCGAGAGAAAACAAAAUUAUCACCAGGUUUUGAUUGUUCGGAGUCAAUGUUAUGUAAUUGUAUUAUUGUAAUUUUCUUGGGUAUCUGAAUCUAUUAUGAUUAGUAAUAUUUCAGAAUAUAAACAAAAUUAUCACCAGGUUUUGAUUGUUCGGAGUCAAUGUUAUGUAAUUGUAUUAUUGUAAUUUUCUUGGGUAUCUGAAUCUAUUAUGAUUAGUAAUAUUUCAGAAUAUCUUUAUGCGUCAGUCUUUCAAAAGAAGAAGAAACCGACAUUAACUGACAAAACACAUUAUGAGUUGAAAUAGAAGGGUUCUUAUAAG